CCAAAAGAAAACAUUCAUGGCUUCGCUCAACGUCACGUUGUGUUCUAAGCCCCCUGUUCUUCUCCUUAAGUCCUCUUAUCAGUCCAAAUGCAAGGCCUUUUUCUUUUCAGAAAGCUCGAAUUUGCAGAAAUCCCUUUCUUUGCAGAGAACGAAUAAAUCACAGCAAAUUGAAGUUUUUUUCUCUUUGAUUGGUGAGGCAGUUGCUAGAGCUGGCUUUCUGGCUCUUCUUGGCUCCUCACUUGACUUUGUUGAUCCUGCCCUUGCCUAUAAGGGUGGUGGACCAUAUGGUGCUGAAGUUACAAGGGGCCAAGAUCUCACAGGGAAAGAUUUCAGUGGGAAAAGUUUGAUCAGGCAAGACUUUAAAACGUCCAUUCUUCGGCAAGCUAACUUCAGAGGUGCAAAUCUAUUGGGUGCAAGCUUCUUCGAUGCAGAUUUAACAGGUGCUGAUCUUUCUGAUGCUGAUCUUAGAGGUGCAGACUUCUCAUUAGCAAAUGUCACAAAGGCAAAUUUGACCAAUGCAAACCUGGAGGGAGCACUUGCAACUGGCAACACAUCUUUCAGGGGUUCAAUCAUCACUGGUGCUGACUUCACAGAUGUACCUUUGAGAGAAGAUCAGCGUGCAUAUCUUUGCAAAUCUGCAGAUGGGAUUAACCCCACAACAGGUAAUGCAACUCGAGACACGUUGCUCUGCAACUAAUAUUCUGAGGAAGGUCUUUCUUUCUAAGGUAUUUGUGUACUACAAAUGGAAAAAGAUUAUAUGAUUGUUUGUGAUGGAUGUACAUGUGCAUGAAUGACUGAUUUAUUUAUUCAUUCAUUUGAUAUCUUUAAAGGUAAGGGAGAAGUUUUCUUAGAAAGUUCUGCCUGAGAGAGAGAGAGAGAGAGAGAGAGAGUUUUGGAAAAGUCCCAUUUGGAAGUAGUGCAAUGUGUGUGCACUAGGCGACGGCACUUGCUCAUGGUAAAGCAAGGUGAGGGCAUUUGGUUAGCAGGAUACAUUGUUCAUGUGUUUAGGCAAAGCUAUGCUCUCAUUGAAGUUCAUUGGUGAGGACCUCGAUGUAUUAAAACAUGAAUGCUGGUGAUUAAGAAGAGAACCAUAGCCUGCUUUCACGGGGAUAAUACAAGCAAAGAUCGGAAAAUAUGGAAUAUCGAUGGCACAUUUGUUUCAUGGAAGAUUAUAAUUUGAAAGUUAUUGUUCUCGUAUUUGUUAUUUUUCGUGAGAAACUGGUUGUUAUUGUAGUAGCUGUGAAGUGAUUUUUCGGCUUU